GAUUAGCACGUUUUUAAUAAAUAACUGUGGACGACCAGUAUUCUUAAUGAGUUUUGCUAAGAAAGAUGAAGAUUUGGAGCAUAUCUUUCAUCAUAUUGACAAGACAGCAGUGCUUCAAGAAGCAAGAAUAUUUAAUAAAUCACCUAUUAAUCCGCGUGUCUGCCGUGUUUUAUUAAUGAAGAUUGCAUAUCUUUUACAUACGGGGGAUAACUUUGCUAUGAGAGAUGCUACAGAGCUAUUUUUUGGAAUAACAAAGCUUUUUCAGCAUAAGGAUGAGGCAUUGCGGCAAAUGGUUUAUGUUAUUAUUAAAGAAUUAGCUAGAACAGCAGAAAUAAUUAUUAUGAUUACAUCGAGUGUAAUAAAAGAUACGACAGUGAAUGUUGGUGCUAUAUAUAGACCAAAUGCUAUUCGUUCAUUGUCUAGAAUAGUUGAUGCUACGACAGUACCAACAGUAGAACGUAUUAUUAAAACAGCAAUUAUUGAUAAAACACCAUCAGUUUCGUCAGCAGGAUUAAUUUCAUCAUAUCAUUUGUUCACUAUUGCAAAAGAUAUUAUACGUAAAUGGGCGAAUGAAAUAUUUGAGGCACUUUUUUUAAAACCAGCAGUAAAUUUGUCUAUAAUACCAUAUCUAACGAAUCUAAAUAAUCGACAAAAUCAAAGUUUUAUUACUCAAUAUCAUGCUUUGGGUUUGUUGUAUCUUAUAAGGAAUCAUGAUCGUAUGGCAGUUAUGAAAAUGGUUCAGAAAUUUUGUAAUUAUCAUAAUCGAGGAUCCUCUAAUGGAAACAUUCAGCUUAAAAGUAAUUUAGCUGUUAUUUUGUUAGUGAGAUAUAUUGCAAAAGUGAUUGAAGAUGAUCAAAGUCAACGAUAUACUAUGUUCAAGUUAUUAGAAGAAUUUUUGCAUUAUAAAAAUGAUAUGGUUAACAUUGAGGCAGCAAAAAUAAUCCUUCAAAUGAGGGAUGUGACUGAGGAGGAAGCUUUACCAGCAAUAUCUGCGCUUAGGAUAUUUUUAUCAUCUCCUCGGACAAUUUGUAGGUUUUCUGCAAUUAGAAUUUUGAAUAGAUUUGCAAUAACAAAACCACAUUUGGUUGGAUGUUGUAAUUCUGAUAUAGAAAGUCUUAUUUCAUAUACUAAUAAAUCAAUUGCAACAUUUGCCAUAACGACUCUUCUUAAAACAGGAAAUGAGGUUAAUAUUGAUAAAUUGAUGAAGCAGAUUCAAGGAUUUAUGAGUGAUAUCACUGAUGAGUUUAAAAUUAUUGUUAUAGAUGCUAUUAGAUCAUCAUGUCUUAAAUUUCCAUCUAAGCAAGCUGUUAUGCUUUCUUUUUUGAACAAUGCUUUAAGAGAUGAAGGUGGAUAUGAUUUUAAAAAUUCAAUUGUUGAAACAUUGUUCGACAUGAUUAAAUAUAUUCCUGAAUCUAAAGAAGAUGCAUUAUCUAGUCUUUGUGAAUUUAUUGAAGAUUGUGAAUUUACAAAAUUAACAAUUAGAAUUCUUCAUACUCUUGGUAUAGAAGGGCCUCGUAUUAAUCAAUCAACUAAAUAUAUUCGAUAUAUAUAUAAUAGAAUUGUUUUAGAAAAUGCAUUAGUAAGAGCGGCUGCUGUGUCUGCUUUGUCGAAAUUUGGUCAAGGGUUAAAUAAUUCUGAGCUUAAGAUUAGUAUAAAGACAUUGCUCAAAAGAUGUUUAGAAGAUUCAGAUGAUGAAGUUCGAGAUCGUGCUAUUUUAAAUAUUAAAUUCUUAGAAGACGAUAAUAUUUCGGAUAUUUUUAAGAAUAGUAAUGCAUUUUCCCUUUCUGCUUUGGAAUAUCAACUUGUAUCUUAUAUUUCAUCUAAUUCCUUUGAAAAACAAUUUGAUACGUCAUCUAUACCAAUGAUUACUAAAGAAGAAAUGGAUGCUGAAUCAUAUAGACAAAAAAUGGCUGAAUUGGAAUCGUUGUCCACGUUAACUGAAGCGACUCAACAAUUAUCUGUUACAAAUAACUUUUCUGAAGAUAUUAUGCCUCAAUAUUCUAACAUUCUUCAAUCUAUUUCAGAAUUUAAGGAUUAUGGUCCUCUUCUAAAAAGUACUUCAAAACCGAUAGAAUUAACAGAAUCUGGAAUUGAGUAUUGUAUUACUGCAGUUAAACAUAUAUUCAAAGAGCAUAUUGUUCUUCAGUUUAAUCUUAUAAAUACUCUCUCUGAUGCUAUUCUAGAAAAUAUAUCAAUAGUCUCUGAACCUGAUGAUUCUUCAUUAAAAGAAGUGUGUAUUAUACAGGCACCAAGAGCAGAACAUAAUUCUUCUGUUUCUAUUUAUGUUUCUUUUUUAAGAGAGAAUCUAGAUUUUUUUGUUACUACAACUUUUACUAAUGUUUUAAAAUUUAUAACUAAAGAAAUAGAUCCAAGCACAGGUGAGCCAGAAAAAGUAGGAUAUGACGAUGAAUAUCAGAUUGAGGCUUUAGAAUUAUCUCCUGGUGAUUAUAUUUCUCCCAUUUAUAUAAAUAAUUUUAGUCAAGCUUGGGAUUCCUUAACAGAUAAAAAUGAAGUUGUAGAGACGUUUUCUCUUAGCUCAAUAACAUCUUUGCAGGAUGCGUGUUCUAAAAUUUCAGAACAAUUAUCUAUGCAACUUAUUGAGGGUACUGAUACUGUUACAAAUUCGUUUUUUCAUAUAAUGAAGCUUUCUGGCAAAAGUACAAAUGGCAAUACAGUUUUAGCUAUUGCUAAAUUAGCAUUUUCAAAAAAUGAAAUCACUUUAAAGCUAAGUGUUAGAAGUGAAAACAAGUUAGUAGCAACAUUGGUUGCAAAUGGAAUUGCAUAAAUGGAAUUGCAUAAAUGGAUGUAUCUUUUUUCAAAAAAGUCUUGUU